CACGUUCAGAACCAAACCUGUGCCUGCCCCUGUUCAGCAGCCUCACCCAUUCAGCUGAGCCCAAGAGGUGAACGGUGGUGGUCCGUGCUGAGAGCGGACGGAACCCCAACUUUCUUGAUUGCAACUUUCGCCGAUUUCGCGGGCCAUCCAAUCUCUAUCAGUGACGCGCCAAAGCCGGUAUACAAUCCGUUUAAAACAGUCAAAAUGGCCGCCUUUGUGAAAGCGAUCAAUGCGAAGAUCAGAUCUCACCCCGUUCUGAACUAUGUCUGCUCAACGCACUUCUGGGGCCCUGCCUCCAACUUUGGUAUCCCCAUCGCGGCUGUGAUGGAUACACAGAAGAGUCCUGAACUGAUCUCGGGCCAAAUGACCUUUGCCCUCUGCAUCUACUCAGCCACCUUCAUGCGCUACGCGCUCGCCGUGCAACCCAAGAACUACCUCCUGUUCAUGUGCCACGCCGUCAACGAGACGGCUCAGCUGACGCAGGGCUAUCGCUACCUGAAGUACAACUACUGGGGCGGUAAGGAGAAGGAGGGCCUCGUGAAGGCGGUGGAUGCCGGUAAGGAGAAGGCGAAGGAGCUGGAGGCCAAGGUUGAGACUAAGGUUAAGGAGGUUGUUGGCAAGUAAGGGCUGAUGGAGAGCGUGAGGGCUGUUGAGAUGAUGGAUGGGAGCUGAAGCACGGUGGCAUGGCUGGUUUUGGUACCUGGCUCAGAGGGCCCAGCUGGUUGAGUAGAUGGACGGACUGUAGUCGGCAGGCAGUCGAUCGAUGUUCUCACUCCUUUCAUACUUGAGGGAGGUUAUGAGGGCUGUGUCGCAUCAAGGGCUUCAAGCUGCGUCGUCACUGUCGAAGGUGUGAAGGCCGCAAG